UACCCCUACAAUUAAAGAGUACUUGUGUAGCGUGCCAAUCACGCGCCAUCCUUUCCGUCCCCGUCAAUAUAGCCGUUCACCCAUCCCAAGAUCCUCUCCUUUUUCAAGUUUCAACACUCUCUCUCUCUCUCAGAUUCAGAUCUUCAUCAAACCUUCUUCAUUUCAAACUUCUUCAUCUUCUUCUUUGUCUUCGUCUACAGAAGUCCAAAUCCCAGAUCUACCCACAUUCUCGAGAUUCAGGUCCAGUUUCGGCAUUAAUGGCCAACCUCAACCGAUUCCAGGGCUUAGACUCCAUCUUUCUUCUUCUACUCAUAGUCUCGGUUGGAUUCGGCGUAUCCGCUACCUCAGAUAUCUCACCCAGCCCCCCUCCUGAAACCGGUGCAGAUUCGCCCUCAUCGCCUAUUUCCUCUCCUCCAAAUGUCGCCGCUCCUGCUUCCCCUCCGGCGGCCGAUUCUCCUAACUCAUCGCCGCCGGCUCCUCUGCCGGACACUCCUGCUCCCGCUCCCGUUUCAUCUCCUUCGCCUGAUUCGGUAGAAUCUCCGGCUUCAAGUCCAUCUCCGUCGUCGGAAGUCAGCGACAUUAAUCACAAUGACAUGAACGAAGAAGCAGGUGAAUCCGAUGGCUCGUCUGGAGAUGGAAUGAGUGCAGGCAAGAAGGCAGGGAUUGCGUUUGGAGUAAUCGCAGCGGUUUGUCUGGUUGGAUUGGGAGGAUUCGUCUACAAAAGGCGUCAGGAUAACAUUCGCCGAUCUCAGUACGGCCACGCAGCCAGGAGAGAAAUGCUCUGAACAAAUUCUUUCAUUCCCAAGAGGUUACUGGAAUUUUUUCUUUUUUUAUCUGUUAUUCUACAGCCAUUAUCGUCUUUUUUUUUUUGGGGGGGGGGGGGGGGGGGGGGGUUCUUUCUAUAUGUUUCUUUGAUCAUAUAUUUUGGAGAUGAUUGAUUCAAUUCGAUUGUUCUUGAUUUUUUUUAGUUGCUUUUGAGAUGAUAUGAUUCUUAUUCUAGUGGAGAUACUUGUUAGUGAUCGAUAUAUUGUUCAUACUAGAAUAUUUUUUGACAUUUAUUAUUAAGUAAUAAAAGCUGUCUGAUUGGAUCUUCUUAAUCUUGCAUAAGCAACUGUUUGGAUCAUUUUAUUUUUAUAUUUUAAUUUUUAAGUUAAAAAGAAUAUAAAAUAGGUGUAAGAUUUGUUGAAGGUCAAAUGGUUUCUUUAGUAGAGUUUAAUUAGUUUAUUGGGUUGACCGUACCGUUGUAAAAGCAAUUGAAUGAAAGUUAAUUUUGAAUCUAAAUGCAUUUUUUUUA